CGAUAUUCCGUCGGCUGGAUAACAGAGAAAGAACUAACCUACCAGUUAUUUAGGGUUUUUCCUGCUUUAUCCAAAGUUUUCGAAGCGAGUCGUCUGCAGAAGAGCCCCCUUGUCUUGUAGUUCGCCAGACCUGUGUUGUGCCCACGACCUCUUCAGAGCCGUGAGUAGCCUGCGACUGCCAGGCAGCUACUCUGUUCCUCGCGCUCCGAAUCGGGGCAAAACGGACAGGAGAACCCCCAUAAAGUUUUUUUUGCGCUCAAAACGCCUUACUGUUUUUUCUGCGGAGUCUCCAACUCGCGAGUUGCAUUCAGGGCAGUCCUCGUGACACUCCCCUUACAGAUCGUCAUGUUCUUUGGAUCUUUGCGAAUGUCUUGUCGAUGCAUUUUCUGGUCUUGAAGCGACCAGCUGGCAUUUCCGGUCUAAAAUCUGCAAGUCUUUCUCUGCCUUUUUCUGCUGCUCCGAUAUCAGAUUCUUGUGUUUGGGGUCAGGCAUGCGCUUGCAGACACAAUCCAUCCUUUUAACAACGGAGACGUGGCCGAAAGAAGCCGUCUUGGCGCUAAGUGACGGCUUCCGAGUUUUAAAGCUUCCAUAAAUUUCCUUGUUCUUCGUGCCGAUCCGAUGCACAGGCCCAUAUGUGACAUCCCGGUGCCCUUGCCCCCACUGUCUUACAUCGUGCGCCGUGGUUCGGGGUUUGAAGAUCUUCUCUUUCUACUGCACAUACCGAUGCGUUCUGGCAGGUAGCUACGCGUGUUGGUCCGGCUAGAUGGGCAUGUCCGUAUGCUGCCCUAGUUGUGUUUGUUUCCCAGCUUCCGAAGAUUGUGGAUUCAACUGAGGUAACGCGCGGGCUGUAUGAGACAUUAUUCAGCGCCCUCAAGCUUUCUUCUGUCUGACCGCUUUGGAUCUUUUUUCCCGGCGCCUCGCACGGUGCGUUUCCCAGCACUCUCCCAGCCGAAAAGAUAUAUGCGCGACGUUCCUUCUUCUGUGUCUCUGUUUGUCCGUGUCUUCAACUUCUCUCCGAUCCUCCAAAGCCUGUGUAUCUCUCCACGGGUCCGUCGACAUGUGGACCAGCACACACGCUGUGUCGCCGACGCCACGUCAGCGCUGUCACCCCUCGCUGUCUCUGUCGUCUGCCCCGUCGAUGUCCAGUCAGAAGGGCGGCUUUGUUCGGCAUCGACCUAACGCAGAAGAAGAGUGUCUGCUUCCCUCGCGGCGAUCACGACUCCGUCACUCAAGCUGUCACUCUCGCGUCGCUCCUAGGCCCCGAGCUCGGGCAAGCUCUCGAGAAGCUUCCUUUCCUCCCUUGGGUGCGCCGUACGGAGAAAGCUUUUUUGAAGGUAGAGGAGACAAAAGCUCUGCGAUGCCGCCCAUCUGGACGACGUUCUCUUCGCCACCGUCACAGGUUCAGGCGUCAGCCGGCGGUCUGCUAUCGCAGAAGGAAAAUGUUGAGACCGCAAUCCUCGAGGUCAUUAGCCAGGCGGCGGGAAAGGCCGUGCAGCAGGCUCUGGCGGACCACUACUCGGCCUCGAAGAAACGGCUACAAGGUGACGAGGACGAGGAACCCGUCACGGAGGCGAUGGUCAGAAUCAUGCCAGGGAACAUCGGGCUCCGCGCGGAGACGGAGGGGGAAGACGGAGAGGCGGAAAACCGUCUCUUGUCUCUUCCUCCUUUGACCUGCCGGUUCGCCAUCGACAAAGAUGUAAACGAUCCUGAGGGGCGACCCAAAAUCCGACAUGUGUCGACGGAAGUGGCUUCUGAAGCAGAUGAAUGCAAUCCCGCGUGUCAGCGGGAAAGCAGCGCCUCGACUAUGUGUACAAAAACUUCCGCUCCGUCAUUCGAGAAUCUAUCUUCCUUCUCGAGCCCCGCCCAGACUGCCAGACAGGGGCAUCCAACGCCCGGGAUCUACGGUCCAGCUUACCUGGUUCCCUCCCUCUAUCCCCAGUUCGCCGCUUGCCUGUCUCCCAGGUCUUCAGCCUUUCCUGCGGGACUGUCUAACUUCUCGGGGUUCUCGUCUGAGCGCUUCCGCUCUUUCAGUGGGGCAGCAGACUUGCUGGAGAGACACUGCGUGACGGCGAGGCAGAGGAGAGAGUCGUUGCGAGGUCCGAGGAGUAGCGCCCCUGCUGAUGACGAGACAGGAAUCGAUACCAUUCUCGCACAGGGGUCGCUUUCAACGACUCGAGGGAAAGACGGUGAAGCAGUUCAAGGCGAAAGCGGAAGUCGAAGGAACUCCGUAGACCCGUCCACUGCGGAGAGGCUCGAAUUGAGGAAACUGCUCAAAGGCGUCGUCAAACUCUGGAGUACCAAGAAAAAAUACGAAAACAUGGUGAAUCGCCUCAAAGAGUGGGCUCGAGAUCGGUACCUGGCGACUGGCGAGCUGCCAGACCGCACUCAGCUGGCCACAGACAGGCCCGGAUUGCGGUCUCAGUGUUGUCAAUUGAAGGCCUCGGUGAAGCAACAGGCUGCGAAUCUCCGAGAGCAAAUGAAAAGUCUUUUGCCUGCCGACGCAAACAUUUUCGCUGCCCCGCAGAAGAACGAAGACGUUGCGCCCAAGAAGCCGGCGGCAAGUUAUCCGCGGCAACCGAAGACGGGUGACAAAGGAGGCAGUGCUUCCCUUCUGAUUGGCGAGAAACUGGAGCGCAUAGAGCACUUGCUGACGACCGUCGAACGCGUUUUACCGCCGCAGGCGUGGAAGGACGCGGAUGACUCGAGCCGCUCCAAGUGGUUAGACGAGCAAGUCCAAGUGGAGGACUCCGCCGCGAUUCGGCGUCUCGUCGGCACCUUUAGACAAAUUAAGGCAGUGCAAAGUCAAGUCAGCACUCUCUUGCAGAAGCAAGGCAAGUGUCUGUCUCCCAACGAGCUUCUCCACGGAAACGGUCGCUCUUCUGCGGGAAGCGCAUCAGGCAGAAAGGAGCCAAACGCGACAGAGGCGUGUGAGGACAAAAAGACAGAGCACAGUGAAGGUGGGCAGGAGACCUCGAUCGAAAAGGAACAAGGUGCCGAGAGACAAGCAUCCGAAGAGGGGCAGGAAGCUCAAGGCACUGCGGGUUCUUCCUCUGCCGGACACACGACUGCCGCUGUAGCCACUAUUCCGCUCCUCAAAAAGAAACUUCGGGAGGUGACGGCGGAACGCGACGCGUUGGAGAACCGGUUCGCUUCCGUUCUGCGUCUCCACGAGAAGCAGCAGAGGCUGCUGGUCGAUCUAGCAAAGGAGAAUGAGAAGCACCUCACCGAACUUCUGACGGUGCGCGGUACUCACCGCAUUUUCGGCUGCGUGUACACUCCAGGUCGCGACCCGAGCGGCGCCAACAGCUGGGAACUGUGGGGAGAAGAGGACGACGAGGAGAGUUCUGAGAGUGGCGGGAGAGGAGACCCCGCUGCUCGCUUCGCUGCGUUUGAACAGGUGGAGGCUCAGGCUGCUGAAGAGCUCGAAGUGCGAGGACUCGGGCCAGUCGACGGCAGCGGGCGCGUUUCCAGCCCAGACAAAGAGACUGAGAUGCAUCUCUCUCUCGUAAAGGCGUUCCUUGCCCGUCGUACGAACUCUCUCUCCACUCUCUUUUUUGGAGGCUCGAAAGCACUUCCAGAGCCUGGAUCUCGGCGGAAGGGGAAAAACAGUGCGUUUGAAUUCGACCGCGUCUACCCAGCAGACACGCGCGUCAGACACCUCUUCCACGGCUUCUCCGAUCUCCUUCAAAGUUGUGUAGGCGACGGCCUCAAUUUCUGUCUCGUCGCGGUCGGCCCUCGGACUCCAGAGAAGACGGCGCUUCUCCUUGGUCGACCGCCCUCCUUUUCGUCUGCUGUAGGGCCGUAUUGCGAGGCCAAGGAUGUUGGUCUGGCGCAGCUGCUUUCGCGCUUUGUCUUCGACGAGCUGGAGAAGGUCUGCGUGAAGUGGGCGUCGGAGAGGGAAGAAGAAACAAGGAGCAGAACCGGCAGGUCGUCCAUCGUGAUGUCGCCUGCGCCUUCUCUGAAGACUAACGAAGGGAGGAGAAGACAGAGAGAGACGAAGAGCGAUGGACACUGUCUCCCACAGUUCUCUGUCUCUGUGAGCUGCCUGGAGAUCAGUCGAGAGAGGAUGAAAGAUAAUUUCGUCGGAGACAAACGACUCGCGAAGAAACUCGACAUUCGAAGAGAUACACGAACAGGCGAAGUCAAGAUUCUGAACCUCACAACUCGGGCCACACCUACGUGCAAUUCUCUCCUUCAAGCCAUCAGCGAGGCGUCUUCCUCCAUUCCGUCCAGUGUUCUCGGCGGAGACGCAGAAAUCCAUUCUUCUUCUCUCCUCUUCAUCCACACUGAAGUCGUGAAUCCGGCGACGAGGGAAGUGAAGAGGGGCAAGAUUGCCUUGGUAGACAUGCCUUCUUCCUUCUCGUUGUCGCUUCCGCCCGAGUUGAAGCCUGCGUUCGAUGCCGCGGGAAGACGAGACGAGGCAACAGCUCUAAGGCGACUCAUUUCUUCUCUCUCCUCCCCGUCUCCUUCCACAGCACUCUCUCUCUCCGGGAGAGAAGCGGACGGCGAGGUGGACCUGUCGCUGAACAUGACGUUCGGAGCCAUCAAAGAAAUCUUUCUAGCCGCGAGACGCACUCCUUCCACCCUCUGCCCGACCUGCCGCCCGUACGCUUCCUCCACAGAGAGCGAAGGCGCUCGCGAGAGAAGCAAAUCUACAGCGUCGGAACGAGCAGAUUCUGUGAAGGGCCUUUACCACUCGACCUGCGUAACUCAGGUGCUGGAAGACUGCUUGAAUCCGUCCCUCUCUCGUGCGCUUCUUCUCUUUUGUCUGCCGUCUCACGGGUCGUCGACCACCGAUGAAGAGUAGGGGAACACAUGCUGCGCGUUCAACAACGCUGUGGCAUCCGAGAAACGGCAGAAGACACGGCUGCGCGAGCGCUGAGAUGAGCGUUCUCUUUCUGACUUUCCAUUUCCCUCUUCUGCCUUCCUUGUUUCGAGAGAAAGCGAGAAUGGACGUUCCCGAUUCGCUUCGUCCCUGUCACAGUGUAUGGCGACCAAAGAAGCAUGGUUUCGGAAGAAUCCCUUCCUCCAGUUCGUGUUUCUCUCGACCUUGUUUUCCGAUCUGCCUUACGUUCUGUUCCAAACUCAGACGCGGCUUCAUGAGCUCGAACAGUCAGAGAGC